AUGGAGGGGAAUGCUGCUGCUACUGAAGCUUCAUCUUCUGGUGCUUCACAGUACAAAUGGAGGAAGUGCGACAAUUUCUGGACAGAAAUCAUUCCUAAGCUCUCGGCAAUCUCUACUGUGGUCAAUAAUCUAAGGGGCGGGGAUGGUAAUAUUGAUGUCAUUUAUGAUUAA